AUGACGACGAGAUUCAAGAAGAACCCCAAGAAGCGCGGCCAUGUGAGCGUUGGGCACGGUAGAAUCGGCAAGCACAGGAAGCAUCCCGGUGGUCGUGGAAACGCCGGAGGAAUGCAUCACCACCGCAUCCUCUUUGACAAGUACCAUCCUGGCUACUUCGGCAAGGUCGGUAUGCGCUACUUCCAUCGCCUGCGCAACAAGUUCCACUGCCCCACCGUCAACAUCGACCGGCUCUGGUUGCUGGUGCCGCAGGAGCUCAAGGACAAGGCCUCCAAGGACAACGCGCCUCUCAUCGACGUCACGCAGUUCGGCUACUUCAAGGUCCUCGGCAAAGGAUUACUUCCGGAGGGGAAGCCGGUCGUUCUCAAGGCCAAGCUCGUCUCUAAGAACGCCGAGAAGAAGAUUAAGGAAGCUGGCGGCGCCGUCGUGCUCACCGCUUGA